AUGGCUGGACGUCUCGAAGACCAUCCCGAGUACACCAUCAUCACCGAACCUGCGACUCAGCUGGCCAAGAUAGCGACAACGGAUGGUCAUAUCGGACAAAUCUUCUAUCUAUCCCCUGAAUCGUUGAAGAGAUUGAGGAAGGACGCUCAGCCUCAAACAGAUGGCGGGCUCUACGUAUCGACCAACGACGCCCUCUCGGCUUUGAUCUGGAGGAGCAUAAUGGCAGCACAAUUUAACGCGGCCCAGCUGGACGGCAGCGAGAAAUCUAUCUUCAACAAUGCCAUCGACGGCCGAAGACCAAGCCAACCAUCGAUCCACCCGGAAGCCAUGGACAGUUCUUUCAUCAAUGAUGUCAUUCAGAUUGUGAACAACUAG